AUGCCUACAAGGUAUCCAAACCUCAUUGGUGUCAAAAACAAAGAAGUUGCUAACCCGAUUUACCAGGACAAUGUUAGCGUACAGACUAAGGAAGAAAACAUCCUCACUCCAGAUAAACGACAAGCCAUUCUUAACUCUGUCAAAACAACUCCUGAAGGAACAAUUAUCAAAACAGAAGAAGGUGAAGAUAUAGAAGAUGCAGUUGCUACUCUCAUCUUCUCUAUCGCCAAACAAUUCCUCGGUGACCUCUCAAUCGUUAGAGACAAGACCUCAGAAAUUCUAGCCAACCUUCGAUGUUGUAAACUUCAGGAUUUCAGAUGGUACAAGGAUGUCUUCCUCUCAAAGGUCCUCACCAGGACUGAUUGUAACCAAGCCUUUUGGAAAGAAAAGUUCAUUGCUGGACUCUCCAAUCUUUUUGCUGAGAGAAUUCGCAAGCAUUUCAGAUCAAAACAUAAUGGCCACAUUCCUUAUGACUCCCUCACCUAUGGUGACAUCAUUAGUACCAUCACAGCUGAAGGAAUUGCUCUCUGCACCGACUUCAAACUCCAACAGCAAAUCAAGCAUGAGAAUGCCACUAGCCAAAAAGAAUUAGGAACUUUCUGCCAACAAUUCGGCUUCGAAAACCUAACCCCUCCUUCCAAACGAAAAAGUCACACCCACUACCGCAAGCCUUUUCCCAAGAGAUACGAAAACAGGUCACGGUAUAACAAGGGCAAACCCUCAUUUGCAGAUAAAUAUCUCUCCUCUGAGAAAAAUAGACAGAAAAAUACCCCUCCUCCAAAACAUUUUCAAAAGAAACCUGCUACCUCAAAAGCAGAUAUAAAAUGCUUCAAGUGUGGCAAGAUGGGUCACUACAAACACUAUUGUAGAGCCAAACAGAAGAUCAAUGAGCUCGAUCUCCCUGAAACCGUCAGGAGCCAACUGAUGCAAAUUCUUUUAAACUCCUCUGAUGACGAAUCCGACCAUGAUAUCAAUGGUAUUCAAGAAGAUGACUAUCAUGCUGAUACAAAUUAUGAUUCUGAUUCUUCCAACCCAUCUUUGGAUGACCAACCUAUUAAAACCAAAUGCAUCUGUAUGAUUACUAAAGAUCAAGAGUUCAUGUUGGAACUCAUUGACAAAAUAGAAGAUCUUGAUCAACGCAAGGAAUGCUUGAUUAAAUUCACCAACAGCAUUGGCUAA